GCCCGCGGCGCAGCCGACGGCGCGCAGGAUGGACGGCGGCGCGGGGGGCCCGGGCUCAGGGGACAACGCCCCGACCACCGAGGCGCUGUUCGUGGCGCUGGGCGCGGGCGUGACCGCGCUCAGCCACCCGCUGCUCUAUGUGAAGCUGCUGAUCCAGGUGGGUCAUGAGCCGAUGCCCCCCACCCUUGGGACCAAUGUGCUGGGGAGGAAGGUCCUCUACUUGCCGAGCUUCUUCACCUACGCCAAGUACAUUGUGCAGGUGGAUGGGAAGAUAGGGCUGUUCCGGGGCCUGAGCCCCCGCCUCAUGUCCAACGCCCUGUCCACCGUGACCCGGGGCAGCAUGAAGAAGGUUUUCCCUCCAGAUGAGAUCGAGCAGGUUUCCAACAAGGAUGACAUGAAGACUUCUCUGAAGAAAGUCGUGAAGGAGACAUCCUACGAGAUGAUGAUGCAGUGUGUGUCACGCAUGCUGGCCCACCCACUGCACGUCAUCUCAAUGCGCUGCAUGGUCCAGUUUGUGGGACGGGAGGCCAAGUACAGCGGCGUGCUGAGCUCCAUCGGGAAGAUUUUCAAGGAAGAGGGGCUACUGGGCUUCUUUGUUGGCUUAAUCCCUCACCUCCUGGGCGAUGUGGUUUUCUUGUGGGGCUGUAACCUGCUGGCCCACUUCAUCAAUGCCUACCUGGUGGAUGACAGCGUGAGUGACACCCCAGGGGGGCUGGGGAACGACCAGAAUCCAGGUUCCCAGUUCAGCCAGGCCCUGGCCAUCCGUAGCUACACCAAGUUUGUGAUGGGGAUUGCGGUGAGCAUGCUGACCUACCCCUUCCUGCUUGUUGGCGAUCUCAUGGCUGUGAACAACUGUGGGUUGCAGGCUGGGCUCCCCCCUUACUCCCCUGUGUUCAAGUCCUGGAUCCAUUGCUGGAAGUACCUGAGCAUGCAGGGGCAGCUCUUCCGUGGCUCUAGCCUGCUUUUCCGCCGGGUAUCAUCGGGGUCCUGCUUCGCCCUGGAGUAAGUCACCUGACCAAACCUUUAUGGGGUCUUGGCCUGGCCCUGCUGAGGACCCAUCAUCUCAGAUACUUGAGGGCGACUCCAACUCAGCCUGGCUUUAUGUCCAUAUUUGCCAAGUGUUUGUCCAGAUGUGGGGCUGGUGGGGGUGGGUUACCUACUAGA